UGGGGAUGCUGAGGAGCGCCGGCUUCGCCAGCAGCGCUGGCCACUGCGGACUUCCGAGGCACUCAGGGCCGUGAAAACCCCCGCGCCGCGGCCAACCCCAGGCCUCCGAGGCCGGCCGCAGUUCCCCAAGCCGCGCUGGAAGGAGUGUCCAGCGUGGUAGCGCCGGUUCUGGGCAUCCCGAGAGACACCCCGGGGUUCUCGAGCUUCCCCGGCGACCCCUAGCCCCGGCCUCCUGCGAGCGCCCGCCCCAGACCCCCUCGGGUGCCCCGGGCGCGGACGAGCCGCGGCUGGGUCCUGACGCACACCAUGAUCGUUGCGGACUCCGAGUGCCGUGCCGAGAUCAAGGGCUACCUGCCGUUCGCCAGGGGCGGCGUCGCGGGCCCCGGGACCCGAGAGGAACACCAGGAGGGCCGGGCCCGGCGAGGCCCUCGAGGACCCAGCGCCUUCAUUCCAGUGGAGGAGCAGAUCCUUCAGGAAGGAGCUGAGAGCCUGGAGCAGCACCUGGGACUCGAGACUCUGAUGUCUUCAGGACGGGUGGACAACCUGGCAGUGGUGAUGGGUCUCCACCCCGACUACCUUAGCAGCUUCUGGCGCCUGCACUACCUGCUGCUGCAUACAGAUGGGCCCCUGGCCAGCUCCUGGCGCCACUACAUUGCCAUCAUGGCUGCUGCCCGCCACCAGUGUUCUUACCUGGUGGGCUCCCACAUGACUGAGUUCCUGCAGACCGGUGGUGACCCCGAGUGGCUGCUGGGCCUCCACCGGGCCCCUGAAAAGCUCCGCAAACUCAGCGAGAUCAACAAGCUGCUGGCGCAUCGGCCGUGGCUCAUCACGAAGGAGCAUAUCCAGGCCUUACUGAAGACUGGCGAGCACAGCUGGUCCCUAGCUGAGCUCAUCCAGGCUCUGGUCCUGCUUACCCACUGCCACUCUCUGGCCUCCUUCGUGUUUGGCUGUGGAAUACUUCCUGAAGGAGAUGCAGAGGGCAGCCCUGCCUCACAGGCACCCUCGCCCCCCAGCGAGCAAGGCAGUCCCCCAAGUGGGGACCCAUUGAACAACUCUGGGGGCUUUGAAGCUGCCCGCGAUGUGGAGGCUCUGAUGGAACGCAUGAGGCAGCUGCAGGAGAGCCUGCUGCGGGAUGAGGGGGCUUCCCAGGAGGAAAUGGAGAACCGCUUUGAGCUGGAGAAAUCAGAAAGUCUGCUGGUAACCCCCUCAGCGGAUAUCCUGGAGCCCUCUCCGCACCCAGACAUUCUAUGCUUUGUGGAAGACCCCACUUUUGGAUACGAAGACUUCACUCGCCGAGGGGCUCAGGCUCCCCCUACCUUCCGAGCCCAGGAUUAUACCUGGGAAGACCAUGGCUACUCACUGAUCCAGCGGCUCUACCCUGAGGGAGGGCAGCUGCUGGAUGAGAAGUUUCAGGUAGCCUACAGCCUCACCUAUAAUACCAUUGCCAUGCACAGCGAUGUGGACACCUCCAUGCUCCGCAGGGCCAUCUGGAACUACAUCCACUGUGUCUUUGGCAUCAGAUAUGAUGACUAUGAUUAUGGGGAGGUAAACCAGCUCCUGGAAAGGAACCUCAAAAUUUAUAUCAAGACCGUGGCCUGCUACCCAGAGAAGACAACCCGCAGGAUGUACAACCUCUUCUGGAGGCACUUCCGCCACUCAGAGAAGGUUCACGUGAACUUGCUGCUCCUCGAGGCCCGAAUGCAAGCAGCCCUGCUCUAUGCCCUCCGGGCCAUCACCCGCUAUAUGACCUGACUCCUCUCCUUUCGGGACCAGCACCCGGAGCGGCUGACCCUGGGGCACUGUCCUCUCUGCAAGGACUUCUGUGUCUGGAGACAGAUCCAGGACCCUUUCUGUCUCAUGUCCCUCCACCGAAUGCUGGGGAUGGGCAUGUGCGUGCUGUGCAGCCCGCUAGGCAAGCUGCACCUUCCUUCUCCUCACUGGACUGGACAGGAUUGUUGCACUGACUUUGGGUGUCUCAGCUCUGCCCCUGGAGCUAGAAGACUAGGAAAGCCCAAGAGGCCAUGCCCCUUUUUCUUUCCUGCUCCUAAAAACAGAUGAAGGUGACUGGGUUAAAAGCUCAGACUUAUGUGCCAGCAGGCAGGGCCCCAGGCACCACAAGUGCUAGGGCCUUCCUGGACUGGGAAGCCCCUGCUGCCCCUGCUGCCCCUGUGGGAAAGGAGCAAAGACCUCAAGGGACUCACACUCCAGGAAGCUUGCCUUCUCUCCUUCCUCCUUCUCCAAUUUCAUUACCUCCCACCUACCUUCCGCCCAUCAAUGUGAAAGUUGGACUCACAGCUGGUCUGUGCGCCCAGUUCCCCCAAAGCCUGUUCUGUUGGGCAGCCUGGUUUGGGGUUGCCUGAAUAUUGGUUCAGUUUUUUUUUUUUCUCUCCUUUGCCCUCGUACCCUUUUCUCCCAUGCCUGUUGGUGUAGGUUCCGGGAGAGGGGCCAAACAUAUCCAAAGAACACACGCACCGUCUCUGGAGAGUUAGAGCCCAGGUUGGUCCCUCUGCUGUUGGAAGAGGAAGGAGUAAAUGCUGAUGAAGUCUGUUUUUGGGUCUUGUGGGUGAGGUCUGGCCUCUUGAGGACCUUACCGCGGAGCUAGAGUCAAGUCCUAGGAGGGAGGAGGUCCUGUUCUAGACUGUUGCCACGCAGAGGCUGGUGCCCCGUUCUUCUGAUCCCUCCAGCUCUGCCAGGAAUGUUUGCCAAAAACUGAGCCUUUCUUAGGUGGCACCAGGGCCCACCCAGGAAGAGGCAGAUACCAAGGUUCUCUUUCUCCUGGCCACAUUGCCGCGCCUCUUGGAAUUCCCAGUGGCAGGCUGAGGGGUUGGCUUAAGUUUCUCAAGGUUUGAUGCUUUCCUCUGGGCUCUCUCAGACCAAACCAUCAACAGCAGGCUAAUUUUCUUGCAAGACCUUGAAGGCCUCUGGGGACCCUUGUCUACAGUCAUCCUUCCAAGGGACACCACCCCGACCCCAGUGUCCCAUCCUUCCCCUCUCCUGGAUUUAAAAGGAUUGCUGGGCUGAAGUUGCCAAGGACUGACAGGCACUUUACAUAGCAAAACAACUGUGAAUUCUGACUCCCUCCCCUUCCACGAGCAGUAGGUGCCUGGGAAAAUCCAGGACACACUGCUGCUGUUUCCCACUCUCCUCCAUUGGGCCAGGCGGGACAGGAGCCUGGCCAGUGUGCCACAUUUCAUACCCAUGCAGGCACGGGACGCAACUAGCACCCCCUCCAGGCUUGAAAGGCCUCCCUGCAGUGAAGGUGGGCGAGAGGGGAGGGGGCCUCAGCAUGGGGGUACGUUCUAGAGGGGACGCUAUGACGC